UUACGGCCAGCCCUGCAGUGGGUCUCGUACGUGGCAGCGCUUACAACCCCUCUGUGAGCCGCUCAACGCCGGGGUGACAAGUGGAUUUUCCUGCACAGACUAAACUGGGACAGUCUCCUGUGAGCGACACUGGUCUAAAGCAGGUUGAGGACGGGACAGGAUGGGGAAGUGGCUGCUGUUACUCACCUGUACGCUGCUCUGCUGCCGGACCACACGCGCAGAGAUCUUCACCUCCAUUGGUCAGAUGACAGACUUGCUGUACACAGAGAAGGAGCUGGUCCAGUCCCUGAGGGAAUACAUCAAAGCUGAGGAGUCCAAGCUUGCUGCCGUCAAAAGCUGGGCCAGCAGGCUGGACAGUCUGACCCGGGUGUCCACCUCUGACCCGGAGGGUUACCUGGCUCACCCCGUCAACGCCUACAAGCUGAUGAAGAGACUGAACACGGAGUGGUCUGAGCUGGAGACCCUGGUGCUGCAGAAUCCCUCCGAUGGGUUCAUCUCCAACAUGACCGUGCACAGACAGUACUUCCCAGAUGUGGAGGACCAGACCGGGGCCGCCAAGGCGCUGAUGCGUCUUCAGGACACGUACCAACUGGAUUCUGAAGCAUUUUCCAAGGGAAUGCUGCCAGGUGUGCACUCCAACGCCGUCCUGUCGGUGGACGACUGCUUCGACAUGGGAAAGACGGCCUACAACGAGGCCGACUACUACCACGCCGUGCUGUGGUUCCAGCAGUCCCUGAAGCAGCUGGACGACGGGGAGGACGCCGUGGUGUCCAAGGCAGAUAUCCUGGAUUAUCUCAGCUACUCCGUGUACCAGAUGGGAGAUCUGCCUCGGGCCAUUGAGCUGACACGGCGGCUGGUAGCCAUCGACGCGGCUCACCAGCGGGCCGGAGGAAACCUGCGGUAUUUCGAGCACCUGCUGUCCAAGCAGCUGCAGGAGAUGGACCAGGACUACCAGCCGGCCUCCGAGGAGCCCAUCCAGCUGGGCACCUACAGCCGGCCCAAGGACCACCUCCCGGAGAGGGACAUCUACGAGGCUCUCUGCAGGGGGGAGGGCAUCAAAAUGACUGAAGCGAGACGGAGCCGUCUGUCCUGCCGUUACCACGACGGUGGACGGAACCCUCGUCUCCUGCUGAGGCCCAUAAAGCAGGAGGACGAGUGGGACAGCCCUCGCAUCGUGCGCUACCUGGACGUCCUGUCCCACGAGGAGAUUGAGAAGAUUAAAGAGCUGGCAAAACCUCGGCUUGCGAGAGCGACUGUCCGUGACCCGAAAACAGGAGUGUUGACCACAGCCAACUACAGAGUAUCAAAAAGUGCGUGGUUGGAAGAAGAGGACGGCCCCGUUAUCAAAACAGUUAAUCAGAGAAUAGAAGACAUCACCGGCCUCACAGUACAGACUGCAGAGUUACUACAGGUGGCAAACUACGGAGUUGGCGGACAGUACGAGCCACAUUUUGACUUCUCAAGGCGUCCUUUUGACAGCAACCUCAAGAAAGAUGAGCCUGAUGCUUUCAAAAGAUUAGGCACUGGAAAUCGCGUGGCAACUUUUUUAAAUUACAUGACUGAUGUUGAGGCGGGCGGUGCCACCGUUUUCCCCGACUUUGGUGCAGCAAUCUGGCCUCGAAAGGGGACGGCAGUAUUCUGGUACAACCUCUUCAGGAGCGGAGAGGGAGAUUAUAGAACCAGACAUGCAGCGUGUCCUGUCUUGGUGGGGAGCAAAUGGGUGUCAAACAAGUGGAUUCAUGAGCGAGGACAAGAGUUCAGGAGACCGUGUGGUCUCACAGAAGUGGACUGAAGCCGUUACACACACACACACACACACACACACACACACACACUCCCAAGUGCCUUGAUUCUGGCAGUUAAGCAACACAACCAAGACUUUCAAAGUGUUUCCUCCUUGAACUCAUCUGCACAGUUAACAAAAGGUUUUCCCAGGAAGCUAGAGUCCCCCCCCCCCCCACCUUCUUCACUACCUUAUUGAAUAGAUUCAUGGCAAAAUAUGAACGGAAAGAAAACUUAAAAGGAAAUUGAAUUCAAAUGAGGUAGAAUGAAAUGAAAACCAUUCUUCUUUUUUUUUUGCGUAAACAUGUUUUUAUUGUCAUGAAUUCAACAUUCACUUCAAAAGUUUUAAGACCACCACCAAUUUAAAAAAACAAACCACAAAGGCGACAGCAAUCCCCCUGCGGUUGUUCUCUUCCUGCUCUUCACUUUGAGCUUAUUGGGAGGAUUUUAUCAGAUAAAAGACAACCCAAAGUCCUAACCGUUCAAUUUGAUGUGUUCAUCAGUAGUGAUAAGUAUUAUGUACUUUGAAUGCAUUUGUACAUUUGCUAACAAAAAAAAGCAUCAUUUUCAUCAAGUCCCAUUUAUAUACAUUAAAAAAACAGCAGUUGAGUACAGAGAAAGCCAUAGUUUUUAAUUUAAAAAAAAAAAAAAAAAGUUUGGUCCCCGACACAGACGUUAAGACAUAACUGUAGAUUUUGUAGCACAUUCCAAAUGUAUUUUAAAUGUCACACGUGCUAACUAUUACCUCUGAAAGUGAAUGUGAAUAAGGGCUUGUUUCUUUGGUCAUGAAAUAGAUCUUUCUUUCUUUUUCAAAACAUCCUAACUUACCAUGCAGCUUCGUUUAAUUCAUCAUUAACACCGUUCUUUUUUUAUUUUCCACACAAACAAUGAUUACUCUUUUGAACCCUGCAGAAACCCAUGUCUAUGUUUUUAUUUAUAUAGUUUCUAAAUUAUUACACUGUCAUACCCUGAUUCCCGAAGAUGGCAAUCAAAAAGCCAAUAAACAUGCCUUUUAUUAAAA